AUGAAGCGACUGGUGUUCCCCUGCGCGUUCGUCCCCGCAGCGCUUGUGCUGCUUGCCGGUGGUCCCGCUGCGGUGUCCCCGGCGUUCGCUUUUUUCACCGAUUUGGUUGCCGAAGAGGAAACUGCGGCGUCUCUCAUGAGCGGUACGUCUAUGCGAGGCGCUGAUUUCUCCGGCUCUCGCAAAGAAAGUGCGCCCAAGAGAGCCGUCUCGCCGGAGGUGCCGAAGCCCACGCAGAAAGUCAAGGAAGAGUCUUCGCAGUCUGAGGAGACAGUCAAGGGAGAGUCUUCGCAGUCUGAGGAGACAGUCAAGGGAGAGUCUUCGCAGUCUGAGGAGACAGUCAAGGAAGAGUCUUCGCAGUCUGAGGAGACAGUCAAGGGAGAGUCUCCGCAGUCGGAGGAGACAGUCAGGGGAGAGUCUUCGCAGUCGGAGGAGACAGUCAGGGGAGAGUCUUCGCAGUCGGAGGAGACAGUCAGGGGAGAGUCUUCGCAGUCUGAGGAGACAGUCAGGGGAGAGUCUUCGCAGUCUGAGGAGACAGUCAGGGGAGAGUCUUCGCAGACUGACGAGGCGGCGGAGGCAGAGACGCCCGUGGAAGGUCCGGAGGCGGCGGAGGCAGAGACGCCCGUGAAAGGUCCGGAGGCGGCGGAGGCAGAGACGCCCGUGAAAGGUCCGGAGGCGGCGGAGGCAGAGACGCCCGUGGAAGGUCCGGAGGCGGCGGAGGCAGAGACGCCCGUGGAAGGUCCGGAGGCGCCGGAGCGCGAAGCAGCAAUCACCUCCGUGGUGGAAUCCGUGGAUGAGGCGGGCGAUUUCCUGAGGGCUCGUCAGGUUGAAAGUGGUCAGUUCGAGGAUGCCAGCCAGUACAAACCUGGCGAGGAAGCCAACAGUCCCAAUUCCCUCUCGCUGGCGCUCUCAUCUGUGGUUUUCGCGUUCUUGUCUCUGGUGACGAGCGCGCUCGAAUUCAACUCCGGUAAGAAGAGUACAGACGUCAAAAUCUAUGACCCCACGGAGGCCGAAGAAUAG